UCCCCUGUUUUUAAACCAAAAUUUAGUCAAAUACACUACAUAAUGGACCAUUAUAUUGAUGGUUUCAACUAUGGGAACUGUUUGCGCAAUUCAGAGCUACAUAAGAUGGGGCUUGAAGAGCCUAAGCCAAUUAUGGCUAAUUCUACCGUUGUGGUUAUACAAUUUAGUGAUGGUAUUAUAAUUGGUGCCGAUUCAAGGGGAACUACUGGAACAAAGAUGAUCUUAAAUAACUUCAAUAAGAUUUUCCAACUGCAUGACAAUGUUUUCUGUAGUGGUGUAGGACUAAUGUGCGAUCUGACAAAAAUAACACGCAUGACAAAAGGCCAGCUGAUAAUGCAUCAAACACUUACCAAUCGUCGUGUGCUCGUCAUUACUGCCAAGCAAGUGUUGAAGGGAUUGCAAGAACGUAUGCAUGGGAGUCUUUUGGCCAGCUUUAUUAUUGCCGGAGCGGACAAGAUGGGAGUACAUCUGUAUGCUCUGCACUUUGAUGGCACGUCAGAGAAACUUCUCUUCAGCUCCAUGGGAUCGGGACAAUAUGGUUCUAUGAGCAUUCUCGAGGAUCGUUGGAGAUCCGAUCUGGAUGAGGAUGAAGCACGUCAGCUGAUGCUAGAUGCAAUCGCUGCUGGCAUUAUAAAUGAUGUAAUUCCCGCAUUUAAUGUGAAUCUAUGUAUCAUUCGCAAGGACUACAGUGUCGAACACUACACGGAGACUAUAAAUAAUAAAAUAAAUGAAACGCAACCAGCAGAGAAUUUUAAAACUUGCGUGACUUUCAAUCGCGCCAAUUGGAUGCAAGACGUCGUAAUAAAUAAUCCAAUAGUUCAUUUUCUGGCACCGCCACCGCAACCCGCAGUACCUGUGCCAAGUGGUUUCAUCAGUAGGAACCUGCUAAGUAUAACACCUGCCUCCACAAAUCUUCAGCUGAAACGUGGUGUUAAAGAAGAAGACCGAGCUUGCACUCAAGCGCAUAAUAAAAACAAGCGUUUGUGUUUAAAACAACAUAAAAAAAUAGACAAAAAAUAAAUAUAAAUUGUAGUCGUGAAUCUGCAUAGCCUCAUAUCACUAAAC